AUGUCAGAAAUCUUGUCAAGAGCAUGGACUGUUUCACACAGAGUGGAGAUAUGGCUUCUGAUUCUGGUAGCGUAUUUACUCCAAAGAAAUGUGAACUCGGGACAUAUGCCAACGAAAGCUGUGGACCCAGAAGCAUUCAUGAAUGUUAGCGAAAUCAUCAAACACAAGGGUUAUCCCAGUGAGGAGUAUGAAGUUCCAACCGAAGAUGGGUACAUCCUUUCUGUGAACAGAAUCCCUCAAGGACAGACACAAUUUAAAAAAGAAGGAUCCAGGCCAGUGGUGUUACUGCAGCAUGGCCUUCUUGGGGAUGCUAGCAACUGGAUUUCCAACCUGCCCAACAACAGCCUGGGUUUUAUUCUGGCGGAUGCUGGCUUUGAUGUGUGGAUGGGAAACAGCCGAGGAAACACCUGGUCUCGGAAGCACAAGACCCUCUCCAUAGACCAAGAUGAGUUCUGGGCUUUCAGUUUUGAUGAAAUGGCUAGGUUUGACCUUCCAGCUGUGAUAAACUUUAUCUUACAGAAAACAGGCCAGAAAAAGAUCUAUUAUGUCGGCUAUUCACAGGGCACCACCAUGGGCUUUAUUGCAUUUUCCACAAUGCCAGAGCUAGCUCAUAAAAUCAAAAUGUAUUUUGCCUUAGCCCCUAUAGCCACUGUUAAAUAUUCGAGAAGUCCUGGGACCAAAUUUCUGCUGCUGCCAGAUAUGAUGAUCAAGGGAUUAUUUGGCAGACAAGAAUUUUUAUACCAGACUAGAUUUUUCAGACAGCUUUUUAUUUACCUUUGUGGCCAGAUGAUUCUUGACCAAAUCUGCAGCAACAUCAUCUUACUAAUGGGAGGUUUUAACACGAACAACAUGAACAUGAGCCGAGCAAAUGUGUAUGUCGCCCAUACACCUGCUGGAACAUCUGUGCAGAAUAUUCUCCACUGGAGCCAGGCAGUGAAUUCUGGGGAACUUCGCGCCUUUGACUGGGGAAGUGAGACCAAAAAUCGGGAGAAAUGCAACCAGCCAACUCCUAUAAGGUACAAAGUUCGAGAUAUGAUGGUCCCCACAGCAAUGUGGACUGGAGGUCAAGACUGGCUUUCAAAUCCAGACGACGUGAAAACAUUGCUUUCUGAAGUAACCAACCUCAUCUACCACAAGAACAUUCCUGAGUGGGCUCAUGUGGAUUUCAUCUGGGGGCUGGAUGCCCCUCAGCGUGUGUACAAUGAAAUCAUAAAUCUGAUGAAGCAGGAGCCCAACCUUCCCCAGGGAACCUGCAAGGUCAAAUUGUGA